AUGGCCGAGCUGUACAAGGAGCUGGAGGAGGAGCGGAGCGCUUCGGCAGUGGCGGCUUACGAGGCCAUGGCGAUGAUAAACCGCCUGCAGGAGGAGAAAGCCGGGAUGCAGAUGGAGGCGCUGCACUACCGGCGGAUGAUGGAGGAGCAAGCGGAGCACGACCAGGAAGCCAUCCACGAGCUCAACAACCUGCUCACGGAUCGAGAGAAAGAGCUGAUCGAUCUCGAAGCAGAGCUCGAGAGUUGCCGGAAGAGGCUCGGCGAAGAAACAACCGAACCGGAAGAGAAAUCUAGCCAUGAGACAGAGCUGAAACGCAUGGCGGAAGGCUUUGAGGAAGACAAGGCUCGAAUUUUGGCGUGCUUGAAGAAUCUACAGGAGAAGAUCGAUAAUGGCGUAUGCUGCGGAUCUCUGCAAGAUGAGGUUUCGAAGCUGAAGGAUCGAUUGCACGCGCAUUACGCGGAGAAAGAGAUCCUUAGCCGCGCUGUGGGCGCGCUGAGACAUGGAGCCGAUGGAGUGAGCUUAGUUGAGGAAAUGGCAUGCCAGCUCAGGGAAUUAAGGAGAAUUCCCGUAACGUAA